AUUUUAAUAAUAAUGAAAAAAAAAAAAAAAAAAAGAAAAAAAAAAAAAAAGGGCAAAAGAAAGAAUUUGCGGACUUUCGCCGCGUGAAGAUUUCGUUUCUCCGAUGAGAAAACAGUAAACAGAAACAUCAGAAGAAGAACCAAACGCUGCGAUUCGAUCCUUCGUGUUGGUGCAAAGAAACUGUGCAGAGGAUGUCUCAGUACCAAGGUGACGAAAUGGAUUAUCAAGAAGAGGAUGAUGAAAUGGCACAAGUAGGGGAGGGUGUGCAUUUCCAUGGAAGAAGAAUGGGUGAUUCAGAGUCAGAGGAGGAGGAUGAUGAAUAUGGUGAUCUGGUUGUUCAAUUCACACCCUAAGUUGUAUUUAUCAGUUUGUGGUUGCUUUUUAUGCUUAGCUUCUUUUAUCAAUUUUUUGUUACUUUAUUUUACCAUGUUUCCCUGUGAUGAUGACUAUCCAUUAUCUUAGGCUCCUUUUUUUUUCUCUUUUUUUUUUUUUUUUGGGGGGGGGGUGUGUGUGGGGUUGGUGGUGGUGGCUUGGUGGUUUGUGUUUCUGCAGGAAAAUAAGAUAACUGACACAUCUGCAGCAGAUGCUAGA